GACAAAGAAGCGCUGUUGGAAUGGCUGGGCAACGUCAAAUGGGAAACCUACCUUGACGAUGAAGAAGUGAAGGAGAAGGUCACUGAGUUGAAGGACAAAAUCGAAGGCCUUGGUGAGCAAGUGAACAUUGCUGGGGCUACUCGCAUCAAGCUUGUAGUCGUCGGUGAUGGCGCUGUCGGUAAGACUUCUCUUCUCAUCUCGUACGCCACGAAGAAGUUCCCCACGGACUACGUGCCGACCGUGUUCGAGAACUACACCGCCCAAAUGAAGAGCGACAAUGAGAACAUCCUUCUCCAUCUUUGGGAUACUGCCGGCCAGGAGGACUACGACAGGCUCAGGCCUCUCAGUUACCCUGGUGCCGACGUGGUUUUGCUGUGCUUCUCCACCGUCAACCGAGCCUCCUAUGAUGCGAUCAGGGAGAAGUGGUACCCAGAGGUGAACCACUACGUGCCCAACAUCCCCCAUCUUUUGGUGGGCACCAAGGUAGAUCUUCGAGACAGCGAGACUGCCGACCCACACACCACACAAUACGAACCCAUCACCUCCGAAGAGGGCAAGGAGAUGGCGAAGAGCAUCAGCGCGGCGAGCUAUCUCGAGGUGUCGGCCAAGACGAGGAAGGGGCUGGACAAGGUGUUCAGCGUCGCGGGGCGUCACCCCGGCCGCUGA